CAGUCUCCCCCGCCCCCCCGCACGUAUGCAAAUUAGCCCCUGGUGGCGGGGGUGCCCGGAUGUUGGCUGCUCCGCCCUGUGCUGCCGCUCUUCGCUCGCUCUUCUUCCCUCCCUCUCGGUGAGGUUGCGGGUCAGCGCGAGCCACUGCAGCGAAACCGUCAGCGGCAGCGCGGCGGGACUGAGCGGGCGCGGGCGGCUACUGAGACCGGCACUCGGCGGAUCCAGCUGCGGGGAGGCUCCCAACACCCACCCGCCACCAUGAUACAAAAGUUCCAGUUCAGGAUAGCCUUCCGGUCUGAUGUUUUCUUACCACUUCAUGCCUCAUCCUGGAAAUGAGGCAAGCUAUCCUUUGGAAAUGUGCUCACACUUUGACGCAGAUGAGAUUAAACGGCUAGGAAAGAGAUUUAAGAAGCUUGAUUUAGACAACUCUGGUUCUUUGAGCGUGGAGGAGUUCAUGUCUUUGCCUGAGUUACAACAGAACCCGUUAGUACAGCGAGUAAUAGAUAUAUUUGACACAGAUGGGAAUGGAGAAGUGGACUUCAAAGAAUUUAUAGAAGGAGUCUCCCAGUUCAGUGUCAAAGGGGAUAAGGAACAGAAGUUGAGGUUUGCUUUCCGGAUUUAUGAUAUGGACAAAGAUGGCUAUAUCUCCAAUGGGGAGCUCUUCCAAGUGCUGAAGAUGAUGGUUGGGAACAAUCUCAAAGACACUCAGUUACAGCAAAUUGUAGACAAAACCAUAAUUAAUGCAGAUAAGGAUGGUGAUGGAAGAAUAUCCUUUGAAGAGUUCUGUGCUGACCAGCAUUGGAAAUAUAAGGAGUACAUUUUCUGGUCAUUUAUAUGCAUUAGUAAACAAGAGCUUAGAAUGAAUUUCCUUCUCAAGCGUGACUACAGCGGUACUGCCAGUACACGUUUAAAUAGGUUGUAGGGGGCCUAGAUAUCCACAAAAAGAUGGUGGUAGAUGUGUGACUCUUUUUAGGGCACCACCCAACACUUUUGCUUUCUUCUCCAUCUCUGAAGAUCUGCUCAAGACGUCCAGCAACGCUCUCUGUGUAUUUAAAUGGAAGUAUUUUUCUCUGUGAAGCCACAUUUUCCAACAUGAGCCUCAUGAAGCCAACUAAGUGUUAUUGAACUUUAUUCUCUCAAUAACUCAGUGUAGCACUUUAAAGUCUGAAGGACAGCAAGAUGGAAAGAGCAUAUCAGUGUGGUGGAGAAAGGGAAGGGGUUGGCUUUUUAAUUUAUUUUUCUUCAUCUUUUAUAACAAGGAAAUAUCUAUCUAUAUAUAUAUGUGUGUCUAUUUAUAUAUAGAUAUAUAUGUAGCUUUCUAUAUGUAGUAGUUAGAUGGGCUUUAAUUUAAUAUACUUGAUUCAGAAACAAAACUAGAGUACAAAGUGCCAAGCAGAACAUUAACAGUUCAAUAUAUGGAUAUACAUCCUUACUUUUAUUUCACACAGUUUUAUAUAUAUAUAAUAGAAGAAUGUAAAAAUUUAACAGGGUGUUAGGUCAACUGUUUUCCUUUUCCUGUGGCUGUUCAGAUGUUUCUAUAUAUUGACUGGCUGACAAAGCAUUGCUUCCUGUUAAUUAACCUUAAUUACAUUUUUGUAACACAGGAGACUAAGUUUAUUUAUACCUGUUAAUAUAUUACCAGGGACUGUCUCUCUUUGCUAAAUAACUUGUAGUACAGCUAAGCUUAAUAGUAUGAGAAAAUAUAGUUUAAUGCUAAUGCCAAGAACUAGUCCUUGUAUGCAUAUAGUACUUGCAGCACGCUUAUAUGGUCACUUCAUUCUGUCACCUACUAACUGGGAGCAGUUGCAUCUAUUAAAUAGCCCUAAGAAUAUAUAAAUCAGCUGUGAGAUUCAUUUCAGAUACAACAGCUGAAGAUGUUUGAUGCAUUCAUGAUUUCUCUUGCACUUAGCGUAAUGAAAUUUAGGAUUGAUAUAAUUGUGCAGGAUUCCCAUUUACUCAUUUUAUACAUUGCUUAGUGAAAUUAUAAAAUGUUUCUUGCCACUAAAUUUGUUUCAACCAUAACAGCUUCCCCUCUGCAUUUAAAAAAGUACUACAGGUAGCAUAAAUAACUGGUCAUAUUUUAUAUAUCUCUCUAUAUUUAUAGAGAUAUAUAUGUAUAUAGGAUUCAUACGGGGGGGAAUCUUGUUAACCUAUGCCAUAGAGAAGGAGGAAAACUUCACAUUAUCUAAAUUUAUCUCUUCCUCUUCUCCAGUCCUUCAAUUGGAGAAUUCUUUUUUUUCCCCCCUAGAUUUGUCCAUAUCAUGAUUUCUAAUGGAUGGUAACUUGAUAUAUUUGUGUGAUAUAAAAGUAGCGAGCCAUGUUUUACAACUUUAUAUCAUCCCUUCCCUUUUCUGCAAUGGUACUAUUGGCUGGAAGAAAAACACAUUUACUAGAUUUUUAGGAUAGUACAUCUUUGCUGUAUAGCAGUUUUUCUAUUAAAAAAUGUUUUAUAAUCAACAGUGGAAAGGACAGGUUGUAUGAACCUACUUAAAUGGAGCACCUGUCUGCCAUAGCUGUUCCUUCAACUGAGUGCUGCACAUCAUGGGCUCUGUCUGUGAGAGAGAAAUCCAGGUGCUUGGUGUCCUUGCAUGACAUGAAGUUUUGCAUGUAGAUCGAAUUGAAAUGUUCCUCUUGUUUACAUAAUUUGCAUAAUUUAAAAAGAUAAUGUUGCCAAACUUUGGUAAAUGUUAAUGUUCAAACAGAAAAUCUCCACUACAUGUAACUUUCUUCCUCUGGAUCAGUACGUGGCUUAUAAUCCCAGCCAGUGGUUGUAUCUGUUCCAUUGUCAACUGCCAUGUGCUCUGCUUCAAGGGGGAACUAGUCUUUUGUGAAUUUUUUGUACAUAAGUAUUUGUUACAAACAUUUUAGCAAAUGCUUUCUAUUUCUCUUACUUGCUUGUGCAUAUCUUGGCUGGCGUUCUAGCAAAUAGUGCUGUUGUUAUUUCCUUAUCGGGGGGAUAAGGGGUUUUUUUUAGUUUGUGUGGGGAAAACGAUUUAUGUUGAAUGUUUAGUUUUUCCUCUGCAUGCUACAUCAUAUGUUGUGGGAACUAUAGAACCUUCAUACUAUAUGAAUAAAAAAAUAAAAUAUUUGAACCUUG